CAGGAGGAGAACGGCGAGGGAAGACGAGCUAACCCUGGUUGAAUUUGUAGAUCUAUUGGCAGGAGACGGAGUUUAUCUGAGAUUUCACCAUGGACAAGAGUGAACUGGUACAGAAAGCCAAACUCUCCGAGCAGGCCGAGCGCUAUGACGACAUGGCGGCUUCCAUGAAGGCAGUGACAGAGCUGGGGGCUGAGUUGUCCAACGAGGAAAGGAACCUGCUCUCUGUCGCCUACAAAAACGUGGUGGGCGCCCGGCGCUCCUCCUGGCGCGUCAUUUCCAGCAUCGAGCAGAAGACGGAAGGAAACGACAAGAGACAGCAGAUGGCACGAGAGUACCGCGAGAAAGUGGAGACCGAGUUGCAAGAUAUCUGCAAGGAUGUUCUGGAUCUUCUGGACAGGUUCCUGGUACCAAACGCAACCCCACCAGAAAGCAAGGUCUUCUACUUGAAAAUGAAAGGGGAUUAUUACCGAUACCUUUCUGAAGUCGCUUCUGGAGACAGCAAGCAAGAAACCGUAGCCAGCUCUCAGCAAGCCUAUCAGGAAGCAUUUGAAAUUAGCAAAAGUGAGAUGCAGCCAACACACCCCAUUCGACUUGGCCUGGCUCUAAACUUUUCUGUGUUCUAUUACGAAAUUCUGAACUCUCCUGAAAAAGCAUGCAGUCUAGCAAAAUCGGCAUUUGAUGAGGCGAUAGCUGAACUGGACACACUGAAUGAGGAGUCCUACAAAGACAGCACUCUUAUCAUGCAGCUACUAAGGGACAAUCUUACACUAUGGACCUCAGAAAACCAAGGAGAAGAAGCUGAUAAUGUAGAGGGAGACAACUAACAACCGCCGCCCAUAUUUUUUUCCUUUUUUUUUUCUGUUCAGUCACUCUGUUUUGUAUACACACAUAUAUCCCUUUUUGUGCAACAAGUUAAAAGAAUAGUACAUCGACUUUCACAACCUCAGUAGCAGAACAGUAUGUGUAUUCGGAAACCAGACUGGUGUAUUUACUCAAAGCAGGAGUAAUACAUUCAAAGUCCAAAAACAUAUGGCAUUCUAUUUCUUUUUAUAUAAAUAUACAUGAUUUAAAUAUGUAAUUGUGUCCCCCUUUCCUCCCACUUCUUUUUUUUUUUUUUAACUGAACACUGUGAUUUACGGUUACGGAGUUUCGUUAUUAAAGUCAGUUUCCAAUUGGCAAUCGCUAUCUUCAAAAAAAAAAAAAAAAAUUAUGCGAAUCUUUUCAGUAGUGACCACAAAGUCGACGUACAAUUCUUCUCUGUUUGUGACCAUACUGUGACCCUCGGGAUGGAAUGGGGUUCGUACCAUAGUGUAUUGCAGUUGUUUCCGUGCUAGAUAUGUUUUGAUCGACAUGGUACAUAUUGAACCUAGUUUGUAAGCCUGAAUAUAAUCAGUCGUUUUGGGUUUUUUUUUUUUUUUAAUAUAUAAUAUAUUUAGUCACAAUUUUUGAAAAUGGAUGUAACGUUCACUUAGCCACUUAUAACUCUCUCGGGAAAAAUAAAGAAUUUUUUAUUACGCACAUCAGGGGCUCAAACAGAUGACACACAAUAUACAGUGUACAAUAUUCUAUUGGUAAUUAUCAUUGCUGAUAUGUAUACGGAUUACUUACAUUAUAUAUAAAGAUAUGUAUGGUCUUCCCAUAAUGGCAUUUGUUGUGUAAUAUCUUAGAAAUUUAGACUCCUCCUGCCUUUGCUUUUUUUUUUAUUUGGGCACGGUAUUUUAACAGUUUACAUUUUUAAGUGAUCGCACAUUGUUCUGCUUGCCUUUAUUUACCCUUACCAUUGCACCUAGGUCAGUUCAGCUGCCCCCCCCCCACACACACCCAAGAUCUCUCCAAAAUCUAAGCAAAAAAAAUGUUUUUUCCUUUCUGUUUAGGAUUAAUAUUGGUGAUAUCAGUACCUUGGUUUACUUGGCCUUUCCCCCUCCUGCAGUGACCCGUAUUCCAGUGAAGUACUGUAUUUGAUUUGUAAUCACUGUCCCAGUAUCAUUCCUCUCAAUACAUUCCACUUGGCUGUACAAUUUUCUUGGCGUCUGUCCAUCUGUCCGCUUCAAAGCAAAAAAAUUUCCAUGCACUGAUUUUCAAUUCUCCUUAGCCGAACAAAAAAAAAAAA